CCGUACUUAGGUCCGGAAAUACUUCUAGGGCAUUAGUGAGAAGAAGUCAAGCAAGUUCAGCAUCUUCAAGAGGGUUUCCAAGCGUCUCUUCAAAUAACUGCACAGGAUCGCAGUUUACAAGCAGCCGCCUGUACCGACCGGCUAGACGCGGCCCGAGCGAGCCGGUGAUGAUAGCUUGAGCCUUCUGCCACCGCUCAUUCCAGCGUCGCUUCUUGGCAGAGCUCCAGGAGCUGCCUUGGACCACUUCUUUGGCCACUAAAGACCACAGGUUUUGUACCUUGAGUUUUAACUCGAUCAUUGUCCUCCAUAGUUCAUAGUCGUCAGCACCUGUGAACUUGGGCACUUCAAGGCUUGGCAUGUCCCUCGUUGUGGACCGGUCGCGCUUCUUCUUGCUAGCACGUUUUCGCUUAGAGCCGCUUUGCCGUUCCGAGCUAUUUGUACUCGACUCAGGCGCACUCCUAUCAGACGAAGAGUCCGAACGCACCGAGCUCACAGAACCGCUGAUUGAGACAGCAUCCUCAGACGAUGGUGACGACGGUGGCGACCUUGACGGUUCCGAAGACGCUUUACUGGCGUUGUACUGUUGCCUUUGCGACCAUUCGGUUCAGGUUGAACCAACCUUCUCGAUGAUCCUUGAACACGAAGAGAUACCCUGUUUGAGCUCAUAACCUGACGUUUGCUCAUUCUGAAGUAGAUAGAGUAGGAAGUUGAACGCUGUCUAGCGGGGCCUCAGCUACGGGAUCUUGUUUGCAGUGCUUGGCAAGGAGAAGGAGAAUCC